AUGUUACAAUCCCCCUCAACUCAGGAAAUGCACAGAAGCCCAUCUCCUCAUACUGACUAUAACAAGUAUCUUAAUCCAGCGGAUUUGUCUGGAUAUGGACCAAGAUAUGGAGGUUAUUCACCAUCAGAAAGAAAAUAAGAGGAAGUCCAGUAAGAUCAAGACUAUAUAUGGGUAAUCAGAUAAAAUUAUUUAGCUUAUUUAUCGUUUGGUUUAGAUGCUUAAGAAAGAGCUGAGAUAGAAGUUUAAGCUAGAGAUGAGUACGAUCAUGCAGUAGAUGAAUUGAGACAUACCGAAGGAAUUACUGAAGAAGAUGUCAAGGAUUUUUAGAAGUCGAUCAUUAUUAGAAAGUCAGUUGAUGUAGUCAAGAUAUUGGCUGAAAAUUAAGCUGAAAUCAGAAAGAGAGCUGCAAACAAUUACAGAGAUGUCAAGUCAAAGGUUGCAAGAUGCAUCAAAGUUAGAAACAAGGCCGCAAAGCAAAGCAAGAAAUAGAGAUAAAACAAUUUCGGUAUAUCUUAGGGCAGCGAGAGGAGCAGAGAUGGUUCUUUCCAGUCAUCUAAUAUGAUGAAAACUUUCGACAAUGGAUCUAUCAAUAUCCAGAAUCAGUCAUCUCCAUUCAGAUAAAGUCCAAGACUUCAUGAUCAUCAAGAUUAGAUCAACAAAAUUAAUGAAGAAAUCAAAGCCAAGCAGCUUGAAUAGGAGAGAAUUCAACAGUAAAUAAAUCAGACAAAAGUUGAUUUUUCUAAGUCUUAGGGACCGUUGAAGGCUUCUGAUUUGGUCAUUUAAGAGAGACCAUCCAGUCAGUAAGCAAGAAGACAGAAGGAAGAAGAUGAAAUGAAUGCAAAGGCUUUAGCAUUAGCAUAGACAUAGCCUAAGGCUGAAACUUAAAAGAUGGAACCAACUGUUAUAUAAGUCAAAAAGAAGGAAGAACAGCAAUAGUAAUCAAAAAAUAAAGGUGUUGACAGCUAAAUAGAAAGAACAGGAUCAGUAGAAUUUAUAGAAAGAAGAUCUGAUUAUCAUAAGCCAACGACUAAGAUUGUAAGCAAGAAAGUCAAUCCUUCACAAGAAGGUCUGCCUGUAUCAUUUACAAAGACUAACAGGAAAAUUGGAUAAAAUUCAGGGCUUUAAGGUCCAGCUAUUUAAACCUAGUAGUAAACAUAGCCUUAGAUUUAAGUGAAGACUUAAGUUGAGGCAUAAAUCCAACCAACAAACAUAUAAAUUCAAACUUAAAGUUAGGUAAAGGAUUUGCCAAAGCAAUAAGAAGAGCCAGUUGAUGAUUAUCAAGAGAGUUUUGGAUAGUUAGCUUAGAAAACAAAAUCUGAGAUUUAAAACUAAGAAGAAGAGCCAAAUAGAUUUUUAAAUAGAGACCUCGAAAACAAGACUACAGCUAUUUAGGAGGAAUUCGAUGACUUACUUGAGUCUUUGAUGAACAAUAGAAAUCAAAGAGAUCCAGGUGAAUUCUACAAGAUUAUGAAUGAAUUUUACGGCAAAGGACCUGAUGACUUGAAGCAUGAUUCACCCACUAAGAGACUGAUUAGUCAUAAAAAUAGUACUACUGAUCAUAAAAAAGUAAUGGCAUCAAAUAUUCAAAGAGGCGAAUACUCCUAAACUUACUGCGUAUCUCCAGGAAAGAGUUACAUUAUUGAGCCUCAUGGCGGAGAGCUUAAUUACAACUUAGCUCACAAAAAUCCACUUAAAUUCUAUGAUCAAGUAUUGAAUCAAGAUAUCACCAAGCACAAAUUCAAGCAAGAUGAGUCCUCUCCAACUAGAAGACCAAAAGUUGAGAUCUCUUCUAAAGUUACAAAGAGACCUUUAUAACUGAUCAUUGAAAAAAUUAGAUCUAAAAUUGAGGAGUAACUAAGACAAAGAAUAGGAAAUUAAUACGGCCUCACUAUUACUUAAGCCUUGAAAGAUUAGGGCAUAGAGCAAACCUUGAAAGUUAUGAUGGCUGAAGAUAAAAUCCAAUUAGUAAAUCAGAAGAAUGAGCCUGUAUACCAAUAAUAAAUAUACCAGGCUGCUUAAGAAACUCACAUUGCUCCAGACAUUGAAAUAGAGGCAGUAUCACCAGACACAAAAUCAGCAAAGACAAGAUUAUCAAUGAAGCAAUAAGAUUUAGAAAAGGUCGAAUCAGAGGUUAGAAACUUCAUCAGAAGAAACUCCAAAUUCCCAGUCGACGUCUGA